AAGAGUGAGGAAGAGAGAGAGAGAGAGAUCCGGAGAGAGUGAGGAAGAGAGAGAGAGAGAUCCGGAGAGAGUGAGGAAGAGAGAGAGAGAGAUCCGGAGAGAGUGAGGAGGAAUCACAGAAAAGAGUCCGGGAAGGAGUGAAGACGAGAGUGACAGAGGGACAGAAAGAGCGUGAGCACUUACAUGGACACGAUUCGGCAGGAGAACCUGGCGGAACGUCUGCUGGUCCCCCGCUUUAGGACAGCCAGGGUUAAGGAUAAGCAGUAUGUGGGCUUUGCCACUCUCCCUAACCAGGUGCACAGGAAGUCUGUGAAGAAGGGGUUUGACUUCACCCUCAUGGUAGCAGGGGAGUCUGGCCUGGGGAAGUCCACGCUGGUGAACAGCCUGUUCCUCACAGACCUGUACAAGGACAGGAAGCUACUGAAUGCUGAAGAGCGGAUCAGCCAGACGGUGGAGAUCAUCAAACACACCGUUGACAUUGAGGAGAAGGGUGUGAAACUGAAGCUGACCAUUGUGGACACGCCUGGGUUUGGAGAUGCUGUGAAUAAUAAUGAAUGCUGGAAGCCCAUCACGGACUACAUUGACCAGCAGUUUGAGCAGUAUUUCCGUGAUGAAAGCGGCCUCAACAGGAAGAACAUUAUGGACAACCGUGUGCACUGUUGCCUCUAUUUCAUUCCACCCUUCGGACAUGGACUGCGGCCGGUGGAUGUGGAGUUCAUGAAGGCUCUUCAUGAGAAAGUCAACGUGGUGCCUCUCAUCUCCAAGGCCGACUGCCUGACACCCAUGGAAAUCAAGAAACUUAAGGACAGGGUAAGAGAGGAGAUUGACAAAUUUGGAAUUAAGGUGUACCAGUUCCCUGACUGUGACUCUGAUGAGGACGAAGAAUUCAAGCAGCAGGAUAAAGAACUGAAGGAAAGCACCCCGUUCGCAGUGAUUGGAAGCAACACAGUGGUGGAGGCCCGGGGCCAGAGAGUGCGUGGAAGACUGUACCCCUGGGGCAUUGUGGAAGUGGAAAACCAGUCACACUGUGACUUUGUGAAGCUGCGCAAUAUGCUAAUCCGUACACACAUGCACGACCUGAAGGAUGUGACCUGUGACGUUCACUAUGAAAACUACCGGGCCCAGUGCAUACAGCAGAUGACCAGUAAAUUGACGCAGGACAAUCGCAUGGAGAGUCCCAUUCCCAUUCUGCCCCUGCCAACCCCAGAUGUGGAGACAGAGAAACUGAUCAAAAUGAAAGAUGAAGAGCUUAAGAGGAUGCAGGAAAUGCUACAGAAGAUGCAGCAACAGAUGCAUGAGCAUGACCAGUGAUUCUGUGAUUGGCUCCCUGGAUAAUCAUGGAGAACGGGCAAACCUGAGAGUAGGGCCUUCUUCACAGUGAGGCCAGUAAGCCACACAGAGACUGAAAGUGAUUCACCACAAGAAGAAAACAUUCUGCUAUAAAAUAUUUUUUUUGGUGUAAGUUGAACAGCCACUCUAAAAUACAGUGAAAUUUGUUCUUGUCCAUGGUACUAGCCAGGAGCAUGUCGUGUAUGUGGUGCAAUGGAGCCCCUUAAAAGAGGGCCCACAGAAAAUAGUAAUGUUGAAGCACUGAAACAUUUUUAUUUUCCUUGAUGUUCAUUUUAAGCCUAUUAACAAUAUUAAUGGUAAUAAUGUAUGGUAUACUAUUUAAAUGACAGUAUCUAUUUAUGAAUAUGCUUGAAUUGUUUAUGUGCAUUCAUGGAUGUACAUGUUUCAAAACAUUUAAUUUGCAACUUUGGCUCAGACCAAUUUUUUUUGUUACAGUUUUUGUACACUGCAAAAAAGAAACUUUCUUACAGAGAGAUUCAUCUCAAGAUUUUUUCAAUAAAAAAUAAUAAAAUUACUUUUGAGAACAAAUUGUAUUAUUUAAAAUUGUUUAUAUUGAUAUUGAUUAGAAUAUCACACAAGAAAGAAUAUGAAAUAUUAACAAGAGACUUAAGCAAUUAAUCAUGUAUGUUAUUCUUUUCAAUAAUCAUAAAGGAAAUUACUUUUUUGCAGUGCGAGUGUAAUGGUGAAAGUGUUACUGAGAGGAUUCUAGGGCUAGGCUCAGUGUGCUGUUCGCCAAGUUGUGGGUGGUAAAAUUAAAGCAGUUUAAUGUCUGAAUAGGAGUGUUAACUUUAAAACAGUCAAGAGCAUUUCUUCUGUUGUAAGCACUAUUUAUUUAAGUGAGCUGAUCAGCCUCUGCUGUUGAGCUGGACAAUCAAAUGUAACAUUUGUCCUUUCUUGAAACAGGCUUUUGGUGUAACACAAAAUCUAGCUGACUGCUCAACUUACUGGCCGGAAAUAGGUGAAUACUUAACCGAAUGUCUUAAAUUACUUAAGCCAGAACAACAUUGGAAACUACCAUUCGAUUGUUGUACUGAAAUGUUUGAUUGACAUGCCACUCUAUUGACUGGCUUUCUAAACACUUUCUACAGUGAUAAAUAACUGCACCUAUAGAAAAUACCUUCCAUCUAAAUAAUGCACAUCAGCCUCUCUCACCCUUAUUGGAUCCUGAGACAACAUCAUGUGAAAUGAUUUCCCUGGUUCAGGCUCAGUGCUUACAGUAGCAGAAUAACUAGAAUAAUGAGGGAAGUCACCAAACUGUGACUGUGUGUUGUGCAUGUGGCAUUAUUCUCAUGCCCUUUGGAUUAUAAGAGCUGUCUUGUUCCCUUGAUUAGCAGUCUCCAUGGCUUUUUAUAGUGUUAGUGCUAUACCAACAUGAAACUCAUGCACAGGUUAUGACCACAAAAUAAAGGCUCUCCAUUCAGACACAA